CCACGCCGAGCUGUCAACUUGCCGCUGACGGGUCUGUCAGAGUGAAAAGUGACUGACGAAGCACAAAUCGGAAAACUUGUCGAGCAUUUGGAACGUGAAAGCAGGCAGAGCAGGGAAGUGCACGAAGAGCCAAGAAAAAAUCAGAAAACUCCUCCAUUAUGGCAUCUGGGUUCGUGAACAAUAAGCGCAAGCGGGAUGAAGCGCACAAUCAGUUCAUCUGUCCCAUUGUCUACACAAAUGAGUUGCCCACUUAUCCAAAGGAUUGCAAGUUUCUGCCCUGUGGCCAGAAUAUCCAGGAGUACUGCAAGGAGCCGGUUUCGAUUCCCAAACUGGACACUUGUUUUUCGCUAAAUUUCAAAGGACUUCAUGAGCUAUUCUCCGUUAAUUUGAUGGAUCAGUCGGCUUACGAUAAGCUUUCCGAGAAUGUGCAGCCAAUGAAUCCCAGAGAAGCUGAUCUACUUAAGGACAUAAGAGCCCUAGACUGGGACUUCGCCAGACUCGAACCAAGUCGCGCUCAGGAAUGCGCCAAGAUGUUCGCCAAGGAGCGAGUGCAUCCACCUCUCCCAGGACUACAGCGUUCUGUGGCGGUGCCCAAGGCCCCAAAAGACCUGCAGCCGGUCAGCCUGGAGCAACAAAAGGCGAUGAUUGAUGCGAGCUUCAAGGAUAUUGGCAAACCCCUCUACCGACAUCCCACCAAUCCGGGUAGCAAUGCCUACCCUGUGCAGGUCUUGCCAGUCUUUCCCGAUACGGAUUUGCAGAAAUAUAGCUUCGUCCAGAUGAGUUUUGAUAAUCCACCCCAAAAUAGCAACCAGGGACUAAUCAGGGACUGCGGAAGCUGUCUGAUCAACUUCAGUUUCGUCCAGGACAUUGCGGACUCUACCGAAAAGGUUUACGUAUCCGACCAUCGCUACAGAGAGGAAAAAGCCGACGAUAGCUUGGAGCGCGGUGAGGGUUACAUACUCCGCGAGGAGAAUGACGCCAUCUUUUACGUUGGUGUCGACAAAUACAUCAAAUUAAGGCGGGAACGUCCACGCCCACACGUUUCGGCUAACAAGUUUCUGCUGAAGGUCCAGCGUGUGGGAAUGAAUACAACUACCGAUUAAAGAACAAUAUAAGAACAUUUAAUUGGAUGUACUUCAGAAGCUUAUGUUAUGAAAAUAAAAAUAUCAAAAUGCUUGGUGGAAAUUUUCCAUCUGAUGACCAUUAAAAUAAUAAAAAC